CGACACGACACCACACGCACACAAGACAGACAAGACCACAGAGAGCGACUAACACGACACGCACCAUGGGGAGAGGCAUAGCAUACACGCACACACGAAUGGAUGGCCAAUGAGAAAACUGCCUGCGGUGGAGAGCGAUGUAUGUGGCUGGUCGUCCGCCGCUCCAGACGUCUCAUCUUGAUGCACACACGCGCGGCCGGCUGGCUGGCUGCAUGGCUGGGUGGCUCAUGACGAGGGGGGAGCCUGUGCGGAGGGAUCCACCACCUUGUACAUCUCCUGCAACCACACACACAUGGCACAAACACCAUCAAUCCAUCCAUCCAUGAGCAGAGAGGGCAUCCCUUUCUCUCUCUGCCGAGCUGGGCGGGCUAGGCUCUCACCUGUGUGACGACGUUGGGAUUUUCUGCAGCGUUGAUGGAGUGCAGGAUGCCCUGCCUGCAGCCGACAAACAAAACAGAAGUAGGCUGCCGUGCCAGAGCUGUGUGUUCGUCCAUCCCACUCUCCCUGUCUGUGGUACUUUUGGUAGUAGCUGACGAGUGGCACCGUCUGGGAGUGGAAGGUCUCCAGCCGCUUCCUCAACGUCUGCACACCAUCGACAGACACACCGACCGACCCAGCAAGCGAUAAGCCAGAUAAUGCAAUGCACUAUCCCUUCCUCCCUCCCUCCCUCCCUGACCUCUUCAUUGUCGUCCUUGCGCUGGAUGAGUGGCUCACCGGUCACCUAAACAAUCCGCCAUCCAUCCAGCAAUCAAUCAACCGUCCAUCCCAUCCAUCCAGUGAAUGAGUGCAUGGCUUGGCUUGCUCACGUCAUCGACGCCUGGUCUCUUGGGCGGUGCGAAGUCGACGUGGUAGGUGCGGCCGCUGGCGGGGUGGACGCGGCGGCCGCAGACGCGCUUCACGAGCAGCUCGUCGGGCACCUCGAAGUUCACCACAGCGUCCAGCAGCAUCUUGUUCUUGUCAAGCGUUGUCCUCAGCUAAAUGCACACAGGCACCGAAGGAAAGACAAAGAUGGACUAGCAGGGGCGCCAGCCGUGUUUGUGGUGACUGACCUUGUCAGCUUGUGCGGUGUUUCUUGGGAAGCCAUCGAGGAUGAACCCCCUCUUGCACUCGGGCGCCUUGAGCUUCUCCUCGAUCAGCCCCACCACAAUGUCGUCGCUCACCAACUUGCCCGCAUCCAUCGCCUCCUUGGCCUGUUCCACACAACACCACAUCACAUCAAGUGCCCAGAUCUACGCCACGCCCAGAUCUAUCCAUCUGCCUGAGUGACCUUUUUGCCCAGAUCUGUGCCGGCAGCGACGGCGUCCCUGAGCAUGUCACCGGUGGAGAGGUGGCAGAGGCAGUAGUCUCGCCUCAGGAUGGUGCUCUGCGUGCCCUUGCCGCUCCCAGGGGCACCCAGGAAGACCACACGCUUCUCGGGCUUGCUCAGGCAGAGGUACCGCCGUUUGAUCUCGCCCAGCAAGUCGAGCGUCGGAACGUUCUCCAGGUCAACCAUGCUGUGCACCUCACAAAAGAG